UGUGUGAGGAGGGGGACGAGAGAGGCAGGAGCAGUCAGUGCGAUGGGAUAGAGGCGAGCGAGGAGGCGGAGGAGAGUGAAUGAGCGCUGCGUCGGGGUGCCUGCUGAAGCCGCGCCACGUUUGCAUGCGCUCCAAAGACAGACGCUGCUCCAGGAGCAAGAAAAACCAACAGGGCUGCCAAGCGGGAACUACAAUUUAAGCACAGUCUGCAACCUCGACCAAAAUCUCCGUCCAUCCUUUCCCCAUCCUCAGCAACACCGCCACCACUCUCUACACGCCUUCCUCCUUAUGCCCUUGUCCUUGGCGGCUCCUCUCACCACCCUGGCCAGUAUAUGGAUAGAAGCUCCUUUUUUCAGCUCAUACAAGAGCAGGGAGGGCGACACACGACGUGCAUCGAUCACGACGGGCGAUAUUAGAAUUGAGAGCUGAUUGAAUGAGCGCGAGACUGCACGCCGCAUCAUGGAGCCAUGUGGGUCCCGACGUUGUGAGGAGAUUUGCAACGCAAUGCUGAGCUCAGGCUAUUCCCGGCCGCCGCUGACAAAUGCAUGCAGCCUGAUCGCGGCGUAUGUCACACCUUCUGAUCGUCUCCAUUGCAGCACAGCUGAGAAGCUGGAUCCAGACAACACCGGUUUCAUCGCAGUGGAGAACUUCACCAGCCUGGUGGAGCACCAUGAGCUGCAGCUGGACCCGUCCAAACUGGACAUGCUGUUAGCGCUGGUCCAGAGCAAUGAGGACGGCCAAGUGUGUUACCAGGAGCUCAUCGAGCUGAUGAGCAGCAAGCGCUCCAGCAGUUUCCGACGGGCCAUCGCCAACGGUCGCCGCACGCUGCAGAGGGAGAUCCUGCUGGACGAGACGGGCCUGGGCCUCUACAAGCGCUUUGUCCGCUACGUGGCCUAUGAGAUCCUGCCCUGUGAGACUGACCGGCGCUGGUACUUUCACCAGAACCGCCUGUGCCCUCCGCCUGUCUUCAUCGCCGUCAUCACCAUCGUCCAGAUUAUCGUGUUCAUGUGCUACGGCAUCAUGCUCAACAAGUGGGUGCUGCAGACCUACCAGCCGGACUUCAUGAAGAGCCCGCUGGUGUACCACCCGGGCCACCGUGCUCAAGUGUGGCGCUUCUUCAGCUACAUGUUCAUGCACGUCGGCUUGGAGCAGCUGGGCUUCAAUGCUUUACUACAGCUGAUGAUCGGAGUCCCGUUGGAGAUGGUCCACGGCGUCUUACGAAUAAGUCUGCUUUAUAUGGCGGGAGUGCUGGCGGGUUCGCUGACGGUGUCCAUCACCGACAUGCGUGCUCCGGUGGUGGGGGGCUCCGGCGGGGUCUACGCUCUCUGCUCGGCACAUCUGGCCAACGUUGUCAUGAACUGGGCCGGAAUGAGGUGUCCGUACAAGCUGCUCCGCAUGAUCCUGGCGCUGGUUUGCAUGAGCUCGGAGGUGGGUCGAGCAGUGUGGCUGCGCUUCUCCCCGCCGCUGCCGUCGUCCGGGCCGCAGCCCAGCUUCAUGGCCCACCUGUCGGGCGCCGUGGUGGGCAUCAGCAUGGGCCUCCUGAUCUUACGCAGCUACGAGGAGAGCCUGCAGAAGCAGUGCUCCUGGUGGGUUAUCGUCUUCUCCUUCAUCACCUUCCUCCUCUUCGCCAUCUUUUGGAACAUCUUCGCCUACGAGCUGCUGGGCGUGCAGAUCCCGCCGGCUCCCUGAUGAAAGCCUCGCACGACUGACUUCAGAACAGGUUUUUGUUUGUUUGUUUGUUUUGUUUUGUUUUGUUUUUUUAAAUACAUUUAAAACCAUCCGUUUCGACCGCCGACGACAUCGGGAAUCAUUUGCAAAAUGAAGAAAUAUGUCUCUUUUAUUAAAGAGGGUAGUGGCAGAACAAGUUUUUAUCUUUUUGGGACUCUCACUGAGUGGCUGUGCUCGUUGAAAAGCUGAUUCAUUACGUGAAACAAACAAGGAGAGAUGCCACAAAAACAACAACAACAAAAAAGAAUGUCCUUACAAAUGCUAAGCGGCUCACUCAGUUUGAUUAGCUGUUACCAUCAAGGUGGCCGUUAUUUUAAUCAGCGGGGGUUAAUUGUCACCUUGGACCGACACUGUGGAUCUUUGAUAUCCUUAUGCUUAAGGUCCAUGUACUAGUAAGCGCUUUGACCUCACAAGUAAAACAAUUCAGCGCACUAGAAAAACGACUGUGUGUUACUAGCAAUGUUUUUUUUCCACUACUGGUGCCACUUUUGGCUCCACAAUGCAAGCUUAUUCGUAAGCUACUGUGCUAUACUAGUAACACAACAAGGCCCGACCACUAGCAGGAUAACAAGUGUGCGCUAGUAUAACAACAGUGUCUUACUAUUCGUUUUUGUUUUCUUCUGGCCUACUAGUAUGACCUUAAGCUAGAUACCAAGGAUAUAAAAAAAGACGGCUUUGGUAUCCUUGACAUCAAUACAUGCUCGAACGGCUUUCCUGACAGCUAUUUUCAGCUUGUAUGAUAUUAGAUACCCUUGGUCCUAGUACUAGUACACUCUUUGUCCUCAUAAGACAGUUUAGCGCACUACUGGAAGGGCUGUAUCUUUCUAGUAAUGCUUUUCCCAUUACUAGUCCCACUUUUGGCCUACUAGUAUGACCUUAAGUUGGAUAUCAAAGAUAUUGAAUAAAUGCUAUUUGAUAUGCUUGAUAUCGAACUCGAACUUGAAGUCCAUGAACUGGUACACUGUUUCUCCUCACUAGUUAGACAAUUCUGCGCACUAGUAAUGACUUGGAUGUACUAGUAGAACAACUGUGUCUUCGUAAAAUGUUUUCCACUACUGUAUGAAGUUUCUGCACACUUGCAGGACAACUUGGCACAGUUUUGUCUCUCUAGGAACGUGGUUGCACUACUAGUAUGCCAGAGUUGUUCUACUAGUUUGCAGAAAUGUCGAACAACGGGGAAAAUAUAGUAAGACGCAGUCGUUCUACUAGUGUGCUCUUUUAUCGGCCGGACAAUAUCAUCCCGUUUCAAAUCGGCAAAAAUCAAACGAUUUUUGUUUUCCGAUAAUUUUUUACAUUUAUUUUUAAUGUAUUUUUUUUACACAUUAAAACAUAAGACUAAAAUAAUUACAUUUAAAAAAAACCUGAUGAUCUUUCUUGCUGUCGUAAAGUCAAACAAAUACUAAAGGAUCAAAUAUUGUAAAACAGUCAAAUGUUCUGCCUGUCAUUCAUAUCUUUUUCAUUGUAAGCAUAUAUACAUAUACGGUUAGCGGAAUUUUAUUCUGCCAAAUAUCGGAAUCGGCAUCAGCCUAAAAAAAUCCCGAAGACCGUACUAGUACAAGGACCGUAAGCUGGAUAUCAAGGAUAUGCAAUAAAUGCUCAAACGGCUUUCCGUCGUCGGUGGCCGUAGGGAGGUAACCAUGGCGAUGACACUGGUGAGGAGACGGUCAUCACAAUGUAAUUAAUAUUUGCUAUGUCAUGCUUUGAUGUACACACACACACACACACACACACACACACAUGUACGUCUCUUCUGGGUUUUUGUCUUUGAGAGCAGCCACUUCCUGGUUCUGCAGGAAGUGGCACGCUUAGUGCAGACUGAACUGAGGUUCAGGCAAUACCUCAGCCUCUCCUCCGUACGGCCUGUACACUUUUUUGUAAAGGAAUGUAACUCUAGAGCGCGGGGGAGGGGGACUCAAUUGUUGCUGUUUUUCAUUUGAUAAUAGUGUGCGCGCGUGUUGUCCGUUCACAACCAAGAGUCUCUUUAUGGAUUUCAAAGGGUGCAAAAAGAAGGCUGCGAUUGUUGUCCCUCACUUGACUUUAUACAAACUUUAGUGCUUUACAAAAUAAGCCAUAGAAAGAACUUAUCCGAGAUGGUUUUGAAAUGAAAAAAAAAGAAAAGAGGACAAAAAGAGCUGCAGGUGUGUAGCAUUGAUAGCGUGUGGAAGUCAUGUUAUUCAUUGUGAAUAUUCCAAGUCAAAGACGACGAAACUGUGCGAGGACACGCCUUUGAAACUUUCUCAUGUAGCUGACUUUUUAAUUUCCCCCCCCUCACCUUUUUCACCGGCUUGUACAAGUUGUUUAUAGUUGACGGUUUGUUUUGCCGACGCGCAUAAAGUCCUCGCCCGCAGUGCGUGUGGACGCGGGCGGGCAAAUUCCAAACGAUAUGGAUUUCUGUCGCACGACUCAAGCCGAGGAUUGCGUUCACUCCUUCACCCCUCCCAUUUCCACUCGUCCGAUCAUCAAUUCAUUUGAACGUUACUUGGCUGAACAUUUGAUACUUUUGCCAAUGGGUUCAUAAAUUCGAUUCCUCUGCAGUCCCUCCUGGAUGAAACCGUCCAACUCGGCCCGAGUAUUUGGAAAAUUAGAAGAAAAUCAACCAUUACGUCGGAGUAAUGGAUAAUCGAUGGAACCCGCUCGUGUUCGCUAUGAAAUGUUAUUGCUGGCCGAAGCGAGGAUACAGUACAGCGAUGAAUAAUGCAUACAUACCCCGGUAGCCUAUAAUGAAGAAAAAGGGGAUGUCUGAGCGGAGGUUAAUGUGCCUCUUUAACUUUUAGAUUCAUAGGAACUUGUAAAAAAGGGCUACUAAGUGCUUUUGGAUUUUUGUAAAAAAAAAAUAUAUAUAUAUAUAUAUAUAUAUAUAAAAUAAACACAUACACACCAACUUGUCCACAUACAAACUUGACUCUUUAAUUUGUUCAAAUGAGAUGAAGCCAAUUGAAAAAAAAAUGGACACGGCUCAAAAAUGUUGAAGGGAACACUUGAAACUCACAUCCCAUAUCUCAGCGGAUGAAAUAUCCGUCCAUACUCUUUCUAUAGUGUUUCAAGAAUUCAACGAUUUUUGCUAGAUUUUUUUUUUUUGCUUCAAUUCAAUCAACAUCGUGUCACUCCUUCUGGUGUGUGCGCCUUGGCCACCUGGGGGCGGUAUAGUAUAGAUAUACCGAUAUACAUACAUGGAACUGGUUAGAAUAACAUUAUUAUUAUCACUAUUAUGUGAUAUGAUGUAAUUAAGCGUGCGGACUUUAAGGGAAAGUUAUGUGGUUGUGUUAAUUACACAGCUAAUAUGAAAUAACUAACAAUAAUUCUCUUUCUGUUGUUUAGUUUGACAGUAAACGUCAAUAAACCGAUUGAAGCGUCUUUCAAACCGCUGCUUGCUGUAAAGUGAGUUGAAUUGAGUUCACUGCCACCGUACGGCGCUCGUAACUCAAAUGUUUGCUCAUAAGUCAAAGCAAAAAUAGCCCAAACGACGGCUCGUAUCUCGCAAAAAUCCUAAAUCAGAUCACUUGUAUCUCAAGGCACCACCGUAUAGUCUUUUAAGAGAAUCAAGGCGUCUUUUCCAGAAUAAAAGGCAAAAUAUUGUGAGAAUAAAGUUGUGUUUUUCAAAUUCACUUGACUUUAUUCUUGUAAAAUGAUGAAUUUUCACCCCCGCCCCCAAAAGAAAGGUCUUUGUUCUUCUGAAGUUUGAAAUUUCUGAACUUUUUUUGCAACUUUUUAUUUCUUCCAGCAUUUAGGGAUACAUAUGUUUGUUACUGUAUGUGUAAUUGGCGUUAGGGGUUUCUUUUGAAAAGUUUCUUCUGGACCCAAAAAGCACUACCUGAGUGUUGCACCUCCUUCUGCUGAUACUAUCAGAUUGAUGAUGCGAUUAUGUCUCCCUUGAAUUUUCCUGAGCAGUGUAUCCGCCCCCCCCCCCCGUGUGAUUUAUCAGCCUAUCAAACUAUCAUGACAACAUCCCCGCUGUCAGCAUGAUGCAUGGCUGCAAACACACACCGGUAUCUCCCUUCAGUGAGUGGACCCGACAGGCUACGUGGUCUUCAUUGCAUUGGCAUAUUUUGUUCUAGAACACUUUGUUAAUGGUAGUAAUAAUGAUGAUGAUGAUGAUGAAGAGGACGGGUUGGCAUUGAGUGACAGGAGCUGAGUUAUUCACGUGGCCUCCUCACGCAGCUCAUGUUUGUGUUCGCCAAGGUCAGCAAGAUGAUGUUGAAACGUCAAAAUGCAUCUCGAUUUUGGAUAGUCUGCGGGCUUGACAGCUUUAGAGCGCCUCAUUGUCGGCCACAGGUGCAUGCACGUCAUGGAGAGAAGGCGUAAGAAAAAGGUCAAAAAAUUGUUAAAAGCCCAACGUGUGACAGCCAGCAUGUGGACUGGGGCUUCGCGCUGACAUGCCCGCUUUAGAGCGCCUCGUUGUAGCGCCGUGAAAAAUGCCCGUGGCCACCCGGUGAGAUGUAGUCCAGCCACCGAAGGCUGUAAGCGGAUAUCUUUUUAGUCAACGUUUUGUCUCCCUUGGAAGUAAUUCACCUCAUGUAAGAUUUCCUUUUCAACACUUCAAAGAAGACUAAAAUCCUCAUUCAAGCCAUUUUCUCAAUCGUUUUGCCUUGGUCAAAGAUUUGUUUACUCAUGGCGGAAUCGGAGAUCACUUGCGCUUUUGCCACACGGAAGUAAGCGUGAUGUCGUGGUGAGAAAGUCUUUACAUGCCUGGUGUCAUAGUGUGCUUUUAACAUUGUCAUGUGCCAUAUUGUUUACUAGCAAUACAUUGUGCUAUUACAUCCGAUGCCUUGUUAUUGUCACCCCAGAUGAAAUUGAAGAAUCUUUCAUUAGAUUGUGCAGGUGUACAGUACCUCAUGAAAAGUCCAAGAGCUGUUGGAGAGCUGCUUCUAAUCGUAACACAAUCGUACAACUUGUGAUUCUUGACAGAAUGACUUUAAAGCAAGUCAAUCAGAAUUUCCACUGAAGUUAGCAGUAAUUGAUUUUAAAUGGAGGAAAGAAAUAAUGUGCAGAAAAACAAAUGGGCUCAUAUAAAACAACAAGCGUGCCGCUCUGAAUGGGAAGUCAAAUAUUAGAGGUUUGUGUAGCAAAUGGAAUCAAGAAAAAAAAAUAUUUGUUUUGUUUUUUUUAUCAUUAUUUUCCUCACCAAUCCUGAGAGCUGUGUAAGCCACUCAGGUAGCCAUUUGCAUCCAUGAGCUGCUUCCUGUGUCCAUACAACGGUGCCAAACUUACGACAAGGUUCAAUCUCGCCGCCAAGCAGACACGAGGUUGCACCAACACAGCGUUUACAACAACAAAAAGCUAUUUUUCUCUUCGUCACACGCAAGGAUGACUCAAUUUACAUGCGGAAUAUUUGUAUCAAAGUCCUCAUGAAUUAUUUCAUUACCUAUUGUAUGUACUUUUUAAAUGUUCUAAAAUUGAACCAUUUUAUAUUGUAUAUAUAUGAAUAUAUUUUGUUUUAUUUUGUACUGGUCAUUGUAUUUUGCUUUCAUUUGGAAACAAUAUAAAUAAAGAAUGAUACUGUGGUGACAUCCAA